AUGAGGGAGAGCCACGUUCCCCCACUGGCUACCAGUAGAGGUGUGGAAGGCCGACAGAAUGACUACCACCAGCAGCCUCACACCUAUAAAGAAAAGGAAGACGAAGAAACAGAGCUGGAAGCACAGUUGCCCAAGAAGGAGCCCCUUCCUGUAGAGCUCCCAGAUCCAGGCCCAGUACCACAGCUGGAGGAGAUGGGAGCAGUGGUACACUCUAAACCUACACCUGAGCCUGAAGGAGACUACUUCACUGAAAGCCUGGAGCAGCAGACCUACAGGAUCGAAUCUCUCAAGCCCUAUGAGGAAGAGCUGCAAUCCAGAACCUGGAGGAACAAUACAAACUCAAGCAACAGGGAAGAGGAGCAGGUGUCCGCCACUGAGUUCCGCUCCAUCCGCGUACAGACCUCCAAACACCUCUUCUGGGCCAACAAGCUCAUCCAGGCGUCAGAGCACAGCCUCCAGCAGGCCUUAGAAAAACAUCGCAAGAGCCCCCGGGAAAGGAAGUCUGUCUCCAUCUCCCAGGUUCUCACAGACUGCGCCCCGAGACCAUCAAGCCCCUCUCUAUCUUGCACCAGCCUGCCCACAGCCAUCGGCCUGGCAGAUCUGAUCAACUUUGCAUCCUCCCUGGCUGUAGCCUCCUCCAGCCACAAAGAAGUGCCUAAUUUAGAAAAUAUGAUCAAAGCUACAUCCGAGAAGUUGCAGGAGACAUCUAUAGACCUUUGCCAGCCCGUCCAGUCCCUCAAGUUUGCCCAGGCUACCCAGAUCACCCAGAUAUCCUCUGAGAAGCAAGAGAAGUCAUUUGAAGACAUGACAACUCAGAAAUCUUGGACUCCUGAAACCAAUAAUGUAGCUUGCUCUUACCUAGAUUUUAGCAAGACGGGGCUCAAGAAUGCCACCAUCCAAGGGGAAGUAAAGUUUGUCCAGGCACCAGACAAGUCAUCCCAGCUCCAGGAAGCCAAAGAGUGA